AUGGAGGAGACCAAUCGGGAGGCGGUUGCCACGGCGGUGCAGCGUGUGGCAGGGAUGCUGCAGCGAUCAGACCAGCUGGAUAAGGUCGAGCAAUACCGAAGAAGAGAGGCCCGCAAGAAGGCGUCUGUGGAAGCCAGGCUGAAGGCAGCUAUCCAGUCCCAGCUUGAUGGCGUUCGCACCGGACUGACCCAGCUGCACAAUGCUCUGGUGGACGUUAAAGACAUCCAGAGCUCGCUGGCUGAUGUCAGUAAGGACUGGAGGCAGAGCAUAAACACCAUUGAAAACCUGAAAGAUGUCAAGGACGCUGUGGUCCAACACAGUCAGCUGGCCUCUGCUGUGGAAAACCUCAAAAAUAUUUUCUCAGUACCAGAGAUAGUCAAUGAAACCCAGCUGCUGAUAGAGCAGGCUGAGCUGCUGCAGGCCCAUCGGAAGCUGAUGGACCUGGAGUGUUCACGGGACGACCUGAUGUAUGAACAGUACCGAAUGGACAGCAAGAACACCAGUGACAUGAACCUCAUCCGCAUCUACUUUGAGGAUGUUCAGGCAUUGUCAGAUGAGCUGGCCAAGCAGUUAUGGAUGGUGCUCCAGCGCUCCAUGGUGACAGUUCGGCGUGAUCCCACAAUGUUGGUCUCGGUGGUUCGCAUCAUUGAGCGCGAGGAAAAGAUUGAUCGACGAAUGCUCGACCGCAAGAAGCAAACCGGUUUCAUCCCACCAGGACGACCAAAACAGUGGAAGGACAAGAUGUUCAAGGUCUUGGAGGGUACAGUGAGCACUCGUAUUGAGGGCACCCAGUCUGUGACACGUGAGGUUGACAAGAUGUGGCUGGUUCGCCUCCUGGAGAUAACCAGGAAGUACGUUCUGGAUGACCUCAUUGUUGUCAAGAACCUCAUGGUGCAGUGCUUCCCUCCUCACUACAACACCUUCCGCAGGUUUUUCUGUCUUUACCAUAACGCUGUGUCGGCUCGUGUCAAGGAGCUGACGUCUGAAGACUUGGAGGCCAAUGAAAUUGUCUCCCUACUUACCUGGGUCCUCAACACAUAUAAGAGCACAGAGAUGAUGGGUCAUCCGGAGCUUUGUGCGGAGUGUGAUGUCAAUGAGCUGGAGCCUCUGCUGCCUCAGGAUGUGGUUGAUGAACUGCUCAGCAAAUAUGUUCAGACGUUCACAUCUAAUAUUACUGGCUGGCUGCGUAAGGCCUUGGAAACAGACAAGAAGGACUGGCAGAAAGAUACAGAGCCUGAGGCUGACCAGGAUGGCUAUUAUCAGACCACACUCCCUGCUAUAGUCUUCCAGAUGUUUGAACAGAACCUGCAGGUUGCUGCCCAGAUAGAUGAGAGUUUUAAAGAGCAGGUUCUUAGGCUCUGUCUCAAACAGAUGAACUCAUUCCUCAUCAGGUACAAAGAGGAGGCAGUGGCCUACAAAGAGGAGCACCUGAGAGACCGACAACUGCCUCAGUGCUACGUGCAGUACAUGAUCGCCAUCAUUAACAACUGCCAGACAUUCAAGGAGUCCAUCAACAGUCUGAAGAGGAAGUAUUCUCAGUCGUCAGAGCCCACUAUGAGCGAUGCUGCCAUAGAGAAGACACUGAACGAGGUGGCCAAGGAGGGAUGCCAGUUCCUAUUAGAUGAAGUCUUCCUAGACCUUGAACAUCACCUGAAUGAACUACUGACCAGGAAGUGGCUAACAGGCUCUCAUGCUGUGGACACCAUCUGUGUGACUGUAGAGGACUACUUCAAUGACUUCAACAAGAUCAAGAAACCCUUCAACCAGGAAAUGACGAGUGAGGCCCAUCGCAGGGUGGUGAUGGAGUACAUCAAAGCAGUGAUGCAGAAGAGGAUCACCUUCAAGAAUGCAGAUGAGAGGAGGGAGGGAGCUGACAGGAUGAUCAAAGAGGCAGAUCAGUUCAAGUUCCUCUUCAGAAAACUCGCAGGAGGAGAAGAUACCGACCGGCUUUGUGAUGCCAUUGCUGCCAUCGCUGAAGUCUUCAAGCUCACUGACCCAACACUGCUUUACCUGGAGGUCACCACUCUGGUGUCCAAAUAUCCCGAUAUCAGGGAGGAGCAUAUCCUGGCGUUGUUGGCGGUACGGGGUGAUGCCAGCAGGGAAAUGCGUCAAAUGAUUAUUGAGACUCUGAGCCAGAACAAGAUGUCUUACACUGGCGUUACACAACCCAUCUUCAAAGAUAUCACAGUGCCAACCAUCUCCAUGACAUCCGUGACUUCCAUGGCAACAGCAAAGCUGCUCAAAUAGACGACCAUAGCAUCACCAUGACGUCUCUAUGUGUAAUAAGUACCCGUCGGUUGCUUUCUAUUGAGCCAUUUGAUGUUCUCAGUGCAAUUCCCCAUGAGAGACCAGCAAAAUGACAAGAAAAAGACCUAUGAGGAUGGGAUUUGUCAUUUCUUACUCCACUCGGUUCCUUGUUCACUUUAUAAAACAGAUCUUUGAAAAAAGAUUUCCCCAUCAAUUAUUUGUCAUCUCUUUUUGUUAUUCUGAACAAAUCUGUUUCAGAAAUAAAAUUAAAGUUCUAAACAAGUA